AUGCGACCCCAACCCACACUCUUGCAGCACUGUCUGACUGCAACAAUCACCGUCUGCCUUCUUGCAUUUUUCAGUGCAUCUUUCGUCAAUGCCGCAGACAUCCAAAGCCUUGGCCCCGAGGUGGUGACCCAGCCAAACCUAGGCGAACAAGCCAUCGACGACGGAACUGGCUUCCCGGGCGCAUUGGGUUCUUUCAACGGACUCGAGGUUGUUGACAAUGCCGCUGAGAAUGGGGAGUUGGACUUGUUCAGACGCAAAUACCCGAGCAAUGCCAAAGCCCUGGGCAAUAAUGAACUCCAAAAUGUCGAGAUAUCGGUUGGAGAGGUUCAGUACUAUUACAUCACGAAGACGGUGGUUAAUAUGAAAUCAUCCUACAAGGGCAAAGGAUUGCCCGCGUUUAUCAACUCCCGAGGCUACGAGGAAUCCCCUAUUCUAGAGCAUCAAGAGCUUCGGAAGCGUGAUACAAAUCCAAUUUUCCUGUCUCUCACGACGUGCGGCAAACCUGAGUCAAAUGGGACAACCGACCCUGGAUCGUUCCCCCAGCUGCAGCUCUGGUACUCACUUUCAGACACUCUGACAGAGCCGGGUCCGGGAAAAAAUAAUUCUGAUGAACCCAUCUCAGCGGUUGGUGGUUAUCUUAAUGCAACCUUAUACACAGAAAGCGACGUCUACCUUGCGGUAUCAGCAUCCAACUCAUCGAAAUGGUCUGGAAAGUACUCCUACCAGCUCGCAGCCUCGGUCGACGAAUUAUUCCAUUCAGUUCAAGCGGACAAUAAUCUACUCUUCGUCGAUGCCGAUCAGUCUACCGCACUACUGGUGACAAACAAUCUAACAGAGUCCAAUAAAAGCAGUACGAAUUAUCAACAGUGGAUGAACAUCAAGCCGCCGUUUAUCCUAUUUGCCCACAGCAUCAAUAAUACCGCACUUGUCGGAUUGGAAAGCUCAUACUGUGCAUUGAAUGACCUCUCACAAGUCGGUCGCAUCAGCAACUCGACCGAGGUUGGCAUGACACACCGGGGCCUUGGAAACUUCCCCAAGGAACAAUUCUAUCUCGAUGGCCUCUCUUAUAACUCUACCUACUACGGAAUCCUAGCUAUGGAUGGCAAUGGUACCGAUUCAGGCACAGGAGUCGUCGGCGGCGGAGGUCAGGUUUACGCCGCUAUGAAUUUCACGACCAAGAUAGAUGACAACUGUGCUGUCUUAUUCAACCUUAGCUUCUGUGACGAGGUCGCCUACGCCGUGCCGUCUCGUCCAAGCAUGAACGUCAGUGCCUUGAGAGAUAUCUACGAUGACUACGCCUUCAAUUACUGGGGAAACUUCCAAAAGUCUCUUCAGCAGGUUCAGUGCAAUACCUCACAAGAUUCAAUGUUCUCCAUGGCCACGGAUUGUGAGAAAUGCGCAAAGUCCUACAAACAGUGGCUUUGUAGCGUUACUAUCCCGCGGUGCGAAGACUUCAGCAAUGACGCUUGGUACCUGAAGGUUCGCAAUGCUGGGCAAGCCUUCAUCAAUGGUACUUCAUUACCAGCCGAUAGCCCUUACCGGAAGUCCAAGGCAACUAACAACUCGCGCAAUGCAUUGAUCGACGAGAAGAUCAAGCCUGGGCCUUACAAAGAGGUUCUCCCAUGCCAGGACAUCUGCCAUGAUCUCGUUCGAAAUUGCCCCGCGGCUCUGGGUUUCGCGUGUCCGGAGGGAAAGUAUAUGAAUGAAUCCUAUGGAUAUCGUGAUUCGAGCGGUCUUGUUACUUGCAGCUACCUGGGCGCCGCAUAUUUCCUGAGUGUGGCUUCAAGAGCUGGAGUCUGGGGUAGCAUAUAUAUGCUUACUGCGAUGUGGGGAAUCUGGUGGGCCUUGUGGUAG